GUGUGUGUGUGUGUGUGUGUGUCCGUCCGUCCGUCCCCUGAGGAUUUCGGUCCCGGUCCGGGCCGCAUGAAGGAGUGCGAGUACCAGCACAUCGCACCCGGGGCCGCCGCCGCCGCGACCCCCGGACCCCCCGGACCCCCCGGACCCCCCGGACCCCCCGGGCGCCGCCGCCGCCGCAAGUGGGAGGUGUUUCCGGGCCGCAACCGGUUCUUCUGCGGCGGGCGGCUGAUGCUGUCCCGGCACGGCGGCGUCUGCGCCCUCACCUUCGGACUCAUCCUGGUCACCACCGCCCUCUUCUUCGUCUUCGACUGCCCGUUCCUGGCCCGCCACCUGACCCUGGCCAUCCCGGCCAUCGCGGGGCUCCUCCUCUUCUUCGUGGUCAGCUGUCUGCUGCAGACCAGCUUCACGGACCCUGGGAUCCUGCCGCGGGCCACCCCCAGCGAGGCCGCCGACCUGGAGAAACAGAUCGACAGCACCGGCUCCUCCACGUACCGGCCGCCCCCGCGGACGCGAGAGGUGCUGAUCAACGGGCACGUGGUGAAACUGAAAUACUGCUUCACCUGUAAGAUGUUCAGGCCCCCCCGGACCUCGCACUGCAGCGUCUGCGACAACUGCGUGGAGCGGUUCGAUCACCACUGCCCUUGGGUGGGCAACUGCGUCGGGAAACGCAACUACCGCUUCUUCUACGCCUUCAUCCUGUCCCUGUCCUUCCUGACGGCCUUCAUCUUCGCCUGCGUCAUCACCCACCUCACCCUGCGCUCCCAGAACGACAGUUUCCUCAACACGCUCAAGGAGACGCCGGCGAGUGUGCUGGAGCUGGUGGUCUGCUUCUUCUCAGUCUGGUCCAUCUUGGGCCUCUCAGGGUUUCACACGUACCUCGUUGCCUCGAACCUGACGACCAACGAAGAUAUCAAAGGCUCCUGGUCCAGCAACAGAGGCACAGAGUCAGCGGCCAACCCCUACAGCCACGACAGCGUCCUGACCAACUGCUGCUCCGUGCUCUGCGGCCCCUUCCCUCCCAGCUUGAUCGACCGGAGAGGGUUCGUGCCACCCGACGCCGGGAUACCGUCCCCUGCCAAGAGCGAUGCCAAGCCCACCCCCGGCAUGGACGAAGCUUGUCAGGACUUUGCCAUCUCCUGCACAGCGUGACGGGAGGGCUCUGCCUCCUGCUGCGGCUCUGCGGCUCCUUCCUCUUCCUCACUGCGUCGCCUGUGACACGUGAAGGAGUCUUUGAGGACACCUCCUUCCCGUCUCCCGCUCCGAGGCGUCCGGG